GCACACACAAAAUCUAAAGGACAAUAUAUCCAAAACAUUCUUUCUUCCACUAAGAACAGCUGCAGACAAAGAAGGUUGAAACACCUUUCUUCCUUUCUUUCUCUCUAUCUCUCUCUCUCUCUGAAGUCAUCAGCUUCCUUUCUUUUCCUUUUUCUCUUCUGAAUUCAUGGACACUGCUCAAUGGCCUCAGGAAAUUGGAUUGGAGAAGACAAUGGAAGAGAAUAUGGCGUCUGAUGCAGCAAGGUUGGCCUCAGAGAAAAGGGCAAGGCCUCAAGAGCAAUUGAAUUGUCCAAGGUGCAACUCAACUAACACCAAGUUUUGUUACUACAACAACUAUAGCCUCACUCAACCAAGAUACUUCUGCAAAACAUGCAGAAGGUAUUGGACUGAAGGUGGAACACUCAGAAAUGUUCCUGUUGGAGGAGGUUCAAGAAAGAACAAGAAGUCAACAUCAUCAACAGCUUCAUCGUCAGCGAUUUCUUCAUCAAAGAAUAUCAUUCCUGAUCUUAACCCACCAAGUCUGUCUCACUUUUCAUCUCAAAACCCUAGGAUGACCCAUGAAGGCCAAGAUCUUAAUCUGGCAUUUUCUGCUAAUGUGGAGCACUACAGUGGUACUAGUACUGCUCAUUAUGUUGAUCAUCACCAGGUGCCCAAAAUGGAAAGCAACAACUCAUCGGCUUUGGAGCUGCUUAGGAGUACUGGCAUUGCUUCCAGAGGAGUGAAUUCUUACAUACCAAACUCAAUGCAGGAUUCAAAUGCAGUGCUUUACUCAUCGUCCGGGUUCGCUUUGCAAGAAUUCAAACCAAGCCAGCUUGGUUUUUGUGUUGAUGGGCUUGGAAGUAGGUAUAGUGAUCAUCCUCAGGAGAAUGGUGGUAGUGGAAGGCUCUUGUUUCCAUUUGGGGAUUUGAAGCAGAUAUCAAGCACUACUACAGGCCAUCAUGAACUUGAUCAGAACAAGGGGCAAGGUAAUCCGACUGGGUAUUGGAAUGGGUUAAUGGGUGGAGGGUCAUGGUAAUUGAAUAAGAGCUAUCUGGAUAAAGAGAAAAGAAAGGAUAACCAAGUGUGUAGUUUUCACUAUUUGCUUCUUUCUUUUUCCCUUUAAACUAGUUACUUAUUUGGAGGCUGUUGAUCAUCAGAACUAACAGAUAGGAUAAUAUGGUUUCGUAAUUUGUUAUAUGUUCCAUGCUGUUUGAACAAUUUGUAAGCAAAUGGAGUUCAGCUUCGAGGAGUUUUUGUAUGCACAGGUUAUAUAUAACUUCUGUCUUAUCCGCCUAUUGUGAGAGAGAAAAUUAUAUAUAACUGAAACAUACAUGAAUUUCUACCUGACGCGGUUUAAGAUUUAGGGGGUAUGGUAGUGAAUCCGAUCCACUCGAAUGAGAUUAGGGAUAGAGCAAGAAAUGAAUGUAUGGCCGGAGAUUUUCGAUCUCUAGGCAACUUGGCUUGUAUUCAUACAUUCUUCUAGGGCAUGCAUCUGAUAUAUAUAUGCAGUGUUUGUGUGUUUUUAUAGAGAGUAUAUACUUGCAUGUUUCUGUUGUUUACGGAUGAUCUAGUUAUUGUAUCAGUGGAUUAGCUAAUGCUC